UUAUUUUUAAAAGGAUCUUUAUUAUCCGAUGUUUUGACGAUAAAGCCAGACCUGAUAGAACAAAUGGCGCUGCUCCUGGACAGGGAAAUGAGGCUAAUACCCAACUGGAAGCACCUUUCCAAUGAGCUGAAAGUGGACGUAAAUGUAAUCAACCGCUUGAAGCAUUAUGCUGACUUCAGUCCAACCAUUCGACUUUUUGAACAUCUAGAGGAUGUGCAGCCAGACCUGACCAUUCAACAACUGAAACAGGCGUUUUUGGAAAUCGGGAGGAACGACUUGUUUAGUCGUUUUACAAGAACAGGUUUGCCUGUCUAAUUUCAGCAUUGUUUUAACCCCCUGAACCACUCGAAACCACCCGUAGGAAUCCCUCAGGGGGGUACUCCGGAUUUCAAGUAACGGGGACAGGGUUUGAUAUUUUCGAUUCCCGAAUAUUUUUAGGUAGUAAAAUUUGGUAAGUAUUUUUUUGGGUGGCCUGAUUUAAGCAGGGAUUUUCUUGGCCAUUCAGAACAUGAUAGUGCCCACGUAUCCAGACAGCGUAGUUUUGCGAUUUAAGUACAUCCAAAUUUGUUUUCCUUUCUCGAGAUUUUUAAGGCUCAGAAAUUCGGCAUGGGAUUUUUUGGGGUUUUGAUAUUUGGCCCCAUUCGAUCAUCUCUGUCACUUAAAAUCUGAAGUACCCCCCCCUGGGAAAAAUCCUCGUCCCUUCUACCGAUUGUGACGUCAUCAGUUGUAAUGGUCAAGUAGUAAAGAGAUCUUUUAAACCACACCAAAAUGAGCACGAAUUAGUCAAGGACACCGGAGAAAAAGGCAAAACCUCACGUAACUUUGACCUGAAACUUUCCAUAAAAAUCUUGUUCCACUACCCACAUCCUUUCAUUUAAUCCCAAAGUUCUAAAAGCUUUUCCUACCAAAAUGAAGCCUCCCAAGACCAGCAAAAUUUUAAAAAAAUGAGGCUACAAAAAGCGAAAAAAGUGGGGAGGAGAGAAAGAGAAAAGUAAAAUUCAAGACUGCUGCGUCACUUUUAAAUCCAAGAAUCUCGAAAUUUUGCUUUCUGUGCAUGCCUGAACUUGGCAAGCUAAUAUUUUGCACCUGGAUCAGGGCCACAAAGUGUACGACCUGUAAACGGCUUUGUGGUAAAGUUUAGCUCUUUACAGCACGACAGUGACCAGACACCGCUCGACUAGCUUCAAAACGCGCGUUUUCGGCAAAAUUUCCAGGGGGCGAAUGGGUUAAACUAACUCUAUGUUAUAUGCCACAUAGAUGGUCAUUUUUACUUAUACUCGUUACUUGACUAUUUAGUUUUCUGAUUUAUUAACGGAACGUCCAAGGGCAUGGUAACCUCCAAUACUAUAGAAACUGGAAACCUAUCGAUGCAAAGGCACGCCCGCUUGCCCGCGGGAGGCAACAUAGGGGAGACUCAAUGGGGAAAGGAGUCCCAGACAUGUAACUUGAGUUUGUGUUGGCGUGAAAUUAACCACUUUAGGGGAAACCAAUGGAGGAACUCCAGUAAAAAUUUAGAUAGAAGUUUCUUGUGUUUGAAUUACGACAAACGCUUUCGAAAAUAAACUUUUAAGGAUUUGCCAUCAGCUUAGACACGCUUUUGGUCACGUUCCAGGACCAAUCUUAUUUUAUACUGUCGGGGGUAGAAGCGGAAUCAUUUGAAUCUUGAUAUUCAUAAUUCCUGCCGUUUUUGCCUCAAUGAUUCAUGAUUCCUACAAGAAUUUUCUUCCAGAUUCAUUAUUCACGAAGACUUUUGAUCAUCUAUUGACUUAACGAUUUUUCUCAGUGGCAACUUAGUCUCCUUUUGUAUGGUUUCUUCGGCGUUCAAACUUCUACUUCAUCCGGACUCGGUAUCAUCAUUUGGUUGGUCUAGGUAUAGAGUUUCUUUGGGUAACUGAACAUUAAGCACCAGGUUACUGGAGAAACAAGCGGAGUAUCAGCCCCGAUUACACGAAUUAUAUAGGGGGUCCGGGGGCAUGCUCCCCGGGAAAAAUUUUGAAAAACUGGACUCUCUGAAACGCCAUAUCCUGCAUUCCCUGGACCGAACGCAACUAAUUUAUACGUGUAUUUUGUGGAGCUUUUCUCAGAGUCUCGUUAUUCAUGAUUGCCGAACCGAAGUGCAAAAGAUUCAUGAUUCCCUAGUUUUUGAAAGAAAGAUUCAUGAUUCUUACAUAUUUUGUAAGUAUGAUUCAUGAUUUCGCUUCCACUCCCGACAUACUGGUCAAAGUUUUGACAGGUGAAUUCAUGCGUAAAAACUAUGCAUCAUCUUGUUUACUGUCAGGUGAACUGAAGCUUUUUGUAAUCGUAAGUUUUUUACUUUUCGUGUACUUCUGUGGCGCCGCUACAAAAUGAAUUCUUCUGUGAAACAAAGCUGGUGUGAUGGUUUGUUUAUUUGGUUUUUGGUUGAGGGAAACGUCGCAUUAAGUCAACGAGAAUCAAUGAUUCCAGGCGUUCAAGAGCUUAGACGUUUCUGACCUCACUUUUUGCGUUUUGAAUUCUCAGGUUGGCGUGUGUAUUUAUCUAUCUUUAUAUCAAGGCAUGUGUUUUACCAAAACAAGGCCAUCACUUUGCGCGAGCUCUGCUUGCAUUUUCGGUUACGAUACUUUCGGAUAAGGAACAGAUUAAUAUAGAAAUAAACAACUGUGUUGGAUAAUUCUGGCCACGGUUGUGGCAGGUUUAAUGAAAUCAAAGCUAACAGAAUCACAACACAGCGAUGUAUGUAAACCGAUUAACCUACUGAAUAAAUAAUGGAGUGACAAAAAUCCGCCCCGACCUACACAACUAAAUGAGAAAAUAUGAAAUACCGUUAAGAAUAAUAACCCGCAGGUACGUGAAAGGGGAGUAGGGGAGAAAGAUCUUGUUCGUAAUCUGACCGAGUAGAUGACGAGGGACAGAGGGAAGAAUUACUGGGGAACUUACCACAAUAUACUUACUUAGCCAUGGCACCGCCCUAUAAAUUCAUUGGCUAGAUUUGCAGUACCUGGUACAGCCUGACAAUGUGAGCAACCUUUCCUUGACAUAAAUUACAUUAUGCCUGGCAUAAUGUCUCGUUAUUUAUGUAUUUUUAUUGGUUUUACUUGAGAGUGAAGUCGGGCAAAAAAAAGCGUAAUUUUGCCCGACUUCACUCUCAAGUAAAACCAAUAAAUAACGAUAAUGAAUGUUUUCAAGAUUUGAGACGAUGUAUUUCCUCGCUUUAUGGGGUUUAAAAGUUAAAACACACAAACUUAAACGUAGUGGUAAUAGAACUGAGUGGAGUACAAUUCAAGGAGUAAUCAGGCGAGUAAUUAUGAUUAAUUAGGGCUGGAAUAUAUAUCAACGUACAAAGUUCUUAUUAAAUCAGUUUAUAGCUUCCAAGGCAAAAACAUGGCUUACAACGUUUCGAGAAACUAUCGGAAUAUGGAGCUCCAUCUGCACGAACCAUUUCAAAGACAUUUAAAAAGUUUAAUAUGUCAAACUAAAUUUGUCAAACUGAAGUUGGAAAACUUGCUCAUUGAAGUGUUUUUUCUUGGUUUUAAUUUGCCACCGUGUACCUAUUUGUUAAAUCUCAAUGGCCAGCAACAUUUGAGGCUUUUCAUUGGCGGUUUACUAUAUAAGAGAGUUAACGUUUAUUUAACGAACGACUCGUAGCUUAACCUUUGUUAGCCUGCAUGAAUGCGCUACACAACACUUUCCGCGCAGUUUUUGUAGACUAUGAAUAAAGUAUAUAGUCAUUAGAAGGGGAAAUGAACUGCAUUUUUACUGUCCUAUGUAUGUGCUAAGAAGGAAAAAAAACAUUAACUUAUAGUAACUCUAAACAACCCAACCCCUUUAAAAAUUAUUGCUUUUAUUAGAAAUAUAUAAACGGACGCUUCGCUUUUAGACCCUUUUAGGCCUGGCUAAAUCUAUAUAUAUUGAAUAUUUGGCAUAACAGGAUUUUUAUGUUUCAUGCCGAUUCACGUGUACUAUCAUAAGCUUCAAGUCACGUUGCGUCUUAUCUCUUACGAAAGAAUAUGCCAUAAGUAUAACCUCAGAUAACAAGAAGGCAUGAAAACAUAAAUAUAUAUAUUAGCACAGAGAGAAAGUGACCUUAGGACAAGAUAUUUACUCUUUACUUUGUUGUUAUACAAUUCAGCUAAUAUAAUUCUUGAUUACCUUAAAAAAACUUGAGGCAGGCGGAGGAAAUAUAGCCCUUAAAGAUAAGUAAGAAAAGCGCAAUAAGUAGAAUAGUGUAGUAUGUAGUGUUUUCAUUUUUCUCGUUUUCUACUUUCCGUUCUCCUCGCGCCUUGUUUUGUACCUGACUCACCUCCGCCAAAAUCGCCAGUCUCCAAAGGGGCCGGGACGUUUUUCGCCAUUAUCGCCAGCCCUCUGGCGAUUUUUGCCAAAAUUGCUAGUCUCCAAGGUGUUAUAUUAUGCUAAUGAACGUUUCGUUAUAUUUCAUGAAUAUUACAUGAUUUCAACUUUAGAGUUUUGAACCUCGUGCUUUUCACAGCAGCCAUGUUUGUUUCUUAAGCUGUAUUUCGAGCUAGUCUUCUAAACAAAGUAAUUACGGAAAUAUAACAUGGCGACCACGACGUGAUGAGAAACCUUCUGAGGCAAUUCUGCGUGUGACGAUCGUCUCGUUUACAGCUUCAAGAUUUCACACGAUCGAGGACCGGACGUCAGCACUAUUCCUCCGAACAGAUCACCUACUCAUCAAUCCAUAGUAGAGGCUCUGCAAAGCUCUUAGGGAAAAUCUCUUCGAACACUUCAGGCGAGUGGUUGUAAACAAACUUGCCGAAUUUUGACCUACUUUUUAUCGCAUCAAAAAGUGGCUACUGGACUAAAACACUUGAUGAACAGAGUGAACUUCUCACUGCAUUUAACACACCCUUUAAGAAAUACUGCUUUGUGCGCUUACCCUUUGGGCUCUCAGCGUCAUCUGAAAUCUUCUGUAAAGAAAUGGAUCAGGUUCUUUCUGGUGUCCCUGGCACAUUUCCCUAUGCAGAUGAUGUUAAAGUGCAAGGGUCCACAAAAGAACGUCACGAUAUUCACCUGUUGGAAACGGUUGAGCGAGUAUGCAAAGCAGGGCUGAAAUUUAAACCAAAUAAGUGCUGCAUCAAGAAAUUGAGUGCUUUGGACGUAUCAUUACUCCACAGCGCGUAAAACCGUGUCCAAAGAAAGUCAAGAGCAUUGCAAUGCUAGCUGCUCCUAAAGAUAAGCAAGAGCUACAAAGCCUCCUUGGUACAAUGAAUUUCAUGUCAACAGGAACUAGACACCAUCAAGAAUGAGAUUGCUAAUGCUGUUCAGCUCACUCACUAUGAACCCAACAAGUCAGCCGUUAUUGAAAACGAUGCAUCUCUGAAAGGCCUUGGUGCCGUUCUUAUCCAAGAGUGCAAACCUGUACGUUUUCUCAGUAAGGCACUUACUCCUGCUGAAGCUAACUACUCCAACAUAGAACGGGAACUGUUGGCAGUCUUGUUUGCCUGCGAGAAACUGCACACAUACACUUUUGGGCGGAAAAUCACCGUAGACACUGAUCACAAACCCCUACAGAACAUCCUUCUGAAACCAAUUAGCCUCGCUCCAGCCAGAUUGCAGAGGAUGUUGUUACGUCUCUCCAAAUACGACAUCCAAGUGGUGUACGUUGGAUCCAAGAGUGUGCUUCUUGCUGAUACACUCUCUCGUCUUGUUGAACAAGGCAGCGCCAGAGAAAUCCCUGGUUUAGACGUCAGCAUUGCACAAGUCCUGAAAAUGGAACCAACCCGACUCGAAUCCCUGCAAGAGGAUACAAAAGCCGACCCCACUUUGGCUGAACUUACAGAUCUAAUCCUCACUGGUUGGCCCAAUAACAUGCAGGAUAUACCAGAGCAUCUGCAUCCAUACUGGUGUUUCCGUGAUGAAUUGACAAUUCUUGACGGACUCAUAAUGAAAGGCAAUAGAGUUGUUAUUCCUACAAGUAUGAGAUCUGCAACUCUCAAUCGCCUACAUGACGCACACCAAGGUCUUACUUCAAUGCUUCGACGUACAAGACGCACUGUCUAUUGGCCAAAACUACAGGACGACAUCACAGACAUGGUUCACAAGUGUGAUGAAGAAGAAGCCCAGACCUCCAGAAGACAGAUCUCAGCGACACGUCCAAUGGAAAUCCUGGUCAUGGAUUUGGUUGACUUUCGAGGUAAACAUGCCUUAGUGACAGUUGAUUACUUCUCUGGCUUUCUCACCUAUGACACCCUUGAGAGCGAGACAACAGAAACUGUCACAAAAGUGUUGAACAAUAUCUUCAGGAAGUUUGGACUGCCUGAGAAGAUCAUUUCUGACAAUGGCCCAUGCUUUAGAUCUAACAACUUCCGACGCUUUUGUGACCAGCUUGAUACUAGGCACGUAACAUCCAGCCCAUACUACCAUCAAAGCAAUGGAAGAGCAGAAAGGGCAGUUGCUACAAUCGAACAGAUCCUGAAGAAGAGUGCCAGCGACAUGGACAUCACCAAAGCUCUGACAUCUUACCUUGACACUCCUGUGAGUGACACUCUACCAUCACCUGCUGAACUGUUCCAUAAUAGGCGAAUCAACCCCCGUCUCAGCAUGGCUAUGACACCAGCGCCUCUAACUGAUCAACAGAAGACCCACCUUAGCGACAAGCGCUCAGCACAUCUGAAGUCAUCGAAGCAGGACAACAAUAUCUACCUGCCAAGUCAGGCCAUCUGGUUUACUGAUGACAGUUCAGAUGAGUGGAAACCAGGAUACACUGAAGCCAAAGAUAUCACACCAGACUCGUAUUGGAUCACCAGUGGCAAGAACAAUAGAAGGUUCCGACGUAACAAACAUGACAUUAAGCCACGCUACAUUACUAUCACACAGCAGCGACCCAUGCCAAAGGUACCUGUAAGAUACCCGGCUCACCUGUCAGAUGAUGAUGCAGCCUCAGCAAUCCCUGAAGUGCAAGAACCAGUAAGCCCGUCAGCAGAUACACCGACUACUUUUGGAAAAUCACCCCCUGCCAGUAACAACCAGAACACAGCAACUCCAACGAACAAUCCUGAUGUUGGAAAGAUCAGAACACCAGCAGACCUAACACCAAUGCUAACCAGAUCACCCUCUGGGCGUCUAAUCAAGCCCACCAGGAAUCCAGACUUUGUAUAUAAUCCUGUUUAACUUUACCAGACAUUUGUGGACUGUUUGAAACCACAAAGACUGUUUCGGUUCGGUUUCAUGUGAACACUUUGACAUUUUGGUUUUAAAACCAUCUUAAAAGGGGACACGUUAUAUUAUGCUAAUGAACGUUUCGUUAUUUUUCAUGACUUUUACAUGAUGUCAACUUUAGAGUUUUGAACCUCGUGCUUUUCACAGCAGCCAUGUUUGUUUCUUAAGCUGUAAGUCGAGCUAGUCUUCUAAACAAAGUAAUUACGGAAAUAAUACAAGGGGCCACUUCUGGCAUCCAACUCAAAUCGUCAGGGGCUGGCGAGUUUUCGCCAUUUUCGCCAUUGCAUGCAUUUCUGGCGAGGUUGACUUUCUAUCAUGAGAAUUUGUUUAUUGGGCGAGAAACAAAUGUCCCUCGUCCGCAUUAAUGGGUUUGAAUUUAGAGGACAUGUAAAGGCUUCCCCAGGGACAAAGAAAGCUGUCCGUGUCCGUAAUAAGUGGGUGUCCGAAAGUGUGGUUCAACCGUAAUUAACAAAAUUUCAAAUUUUAUCCUUUUUCUGCAGCUGCCGUCAGCGACUCUGAGUUGGUUAGUGAGGCAAUCACACCACGACAUCCAGUAGCUCGUUCACCCAAUGGCAGUCUUUUAGAUGAAAUAGCUUUGAAACUCGAUGUACAGUCAAUGACUUUAGCAAACUGGAGCAGCUUGGCGUUAAAGCUUGGAGUGCCGAGAAACACUUUUAAACUGUUUGAAAGACGUUCAACACAGAGCCCAACCAACCAAUUGUUCGAGUAUUUAGGAAGCACUUGUCCACAUAUGACUGUAAAGACUGUAGAGGAAGCACUGACGAAAAUGGAAAGGAAAGACUUGCUUGCAAUUUUACACGAAAAAAUCCCUCAAGGUAAGUCAAACAGCUUUCUUAGAGGACAAUAAAUAACAACGAUUUUCCAUCAUGUUGACAUGUGACGCUAUUCGGCAAAGAAAAAGAAUGUCUACAAUACUUAUAGCGAAUGUUGCGAACUUGACUCAUUUUGUCUUGUUAACAUUUUAAUUCAAAACAUUAGUUAAAGUUUAUUGUGUAUUUUAAAUAGAUAUAUUAUUUAUGAUGAGGAUAUCUAUUUGCCGAGUUAGGAUUCGAGUUAGGAUUUCGAGUUGGAUUUUUCAAGUUAUAAGUACUGGGGUAGGGACCGGCUAGUCCGUUUUUUGUGGAUUUAAUCUACUUUUUGAGUAGCAUAAAUUAACGCCGAUGACGUCGUACAUCUCAUUAAGAUAGGAUGAUAUCAUAGUUUAUUUCCAGUUGGUAAGGAACAAGUGACUUCAGAAUACCCUAGGGGUUGACGUCAUCAAAAAUGUUGAGAUCAUAAGUGAUAUCAUAUCCCUCCUUGAUCAUAAUGAUAUCUUGGUUUAUUUAAAUUGUAUGUCAUAUCCUUAUUUGGGUAUCAUAAUGGUCAAUCCCGCAAUAGAAACUUCUACGUCCGGUGGGUCAUGGUGGAUCGUGUGGAUCCACCGAUGGGGUGACGUCGUAGAUAAUAAUAGGCCAAUUGAGCCUGGGUUAUGACGUCGGAGACGCAAAGGAUGGGUUGUGUUCGAAUAUAAACAAAGCUCUGACUCAAAAUGGAGCUUAUACUCUUUAUUUCAAUCAUGAUUGGCCAUUAACAAAACCGUUCUCUCUAGUCUUAGUGUUUUGUGAGCAUCUGACCUUUUCGCUUUCUCGUGAAUUACGUGUGUUCUCAAUAAAUAAUCCUUCCGUGCCUACACAUUUUCCCUAUAGAGAUCCCUAUAGUCUAACUGAGCCAACUGUUAGACUUCCUUUGUUUGUUGCGGUUUGGCGUUUUCUUUGUACAGUGGAACCCCGUUAAUGCGACCACCGUUGGGCCAUAAAAUCCUGGUCGUAAUAACGAGGUGGUCGCAUUAACGGGGUCUUCAAAAUAAUAAAAUGACUCAAUGGUUUUUACGUUUGGUUUGAAAGAAUAUGGCCGUCAUAACGAGGUUGUCUUAUAAACGGGGUGGUCGUAAGGCGGGGUCCCACUGUAGAUCAAAAAAGGCUAAUCCUAACUCGAAUCCUAACUCGAAAUCCUAACUUGGUAGUUAGUGUAUCUCAUUUAAGAUUAGAUUACCAUUUUAGGCUACAGUAAGCACAAACUUAGCACAAUAAUCAUGUUGCACUAUACAUACAUACAUACACAUACAUACACACAUACACACAUACAUACAUACACACAUACAGACAGACAGACAGACAUAAUUUGUAAUAAGGUGUUUAGACGACCACCUUUCAAAACAAUAAAAAAGAUAAGAGGUUUUAUAGCUUUCAGCUUUGACUAACAGAGACAUUUUGUAACAUGUACAUUCCAUUGCGUGACAAAUUUGCUCGCCCAUUGACAGCAAAAACUUCGUCGGGAAGAGAGAGAGGUUGCUCUGCUGGCUGUGUAAACCAACAGAAAUAGAAUCCUCAGAAACCUGAGCUAGAGAGUUGUUGAAAAACCCCCAAUAACAACAACGUCGUCGGUCCCCCUUGGCCGCCGAACACACAGAAGUAUGUGAAAUACAGUAACGUAUAUUUCAGACAGCAUUUUUAAAAGACACUGCUCUUGAAGGGUCUAUCUGAGCAACACUUUAUUCGCUGGAUGAAGAUUGCAGUGCUAAAACAAAUUAAAACAACACACCAGGAGCUGAACAGACACAGUAAAACAAAUGAGUGAAGGAAAAAUGAAAAGAAACAACGAUAUAAACAGUCUGACCUCUGAUGAUAAACUUGUGAGCACACAAAAUACCAAGGCCGGAUUGUCCUCUUAGGGGAACUUACGCCCACGGUUACAAAAAGCCUGUCAAGGGAUGUAUACUAGUCGCUUUUGUAACUAACAGGGAAGUUACUGAACUCGGAUACGGAGAGGUAAUUUUUAUGCGAGAUUCUGGUCUUAUAGGGGGCAUUGAAUGUGGUUGGAAGAAGAAGAAAAUAACCACCCCCGUCCCCCCAAGUCGAACCCAGAGUUCGUAAGGGGUCUAUGCUAGAUAUUGCAUUUACUACUGUCAGCCUGUAACCCAUAAGAGCUCCUGCCUGCUGUUAUUUUACGAAACGUUUGGAAUGUUUUCUGAAAACGCGUUCUAAGUGUGGUGGAGGUUACUACCGGUGCAAACUUGUAAUUGGAUGCGCAGGGUUUUUAACAACAAGAAGCUUAUCUGAUUUGGAAAAAAAGGGGGUAAAUGCUUCCAUGUUUCCACCAUAAUGGUGAAUGAAUUGCCCCGUAAAUGAAGCAAAAGGAACGCCUUAGAAGUUUAACCGGUGUGAAGGUGUGGAAUCGACAAUAUGAGGGAGAGCAAUAUCACUCAUCCGUGCGUUUUUUUCUUAUGGAUAUAUGAUUCACAAGGACAAGCGUGGCUGUGCAGCUCAUGCUGAGGUAUCCGGUGGCAGCUGAACAUUAACCUGCAUAAAAGGCGUUAUUUUUUCGCAUUUUUCAGGCAAACCGAGCGCAGCGGCGCAAUACAGUCACGAUGGGGGAAGGUGCCUCUCGAAAAAUGCAGAAAAUAAAAUGUGAUAACUGUUAUGCAGGCUAGACACGUAAGCUGGGCCUCGGCCUUUUCGUUCACAUGGAGUAAUGGCAGCAAAUGAUCGGAAGAGGCCAGGAAGCGGGAGCCUACAAAUUUCACUCGGCGGGAGGGGUAAUUUCCAUUCUCGUACUCCUCUUCUUCAUCUCGCUUAAAGGAUUUCGGAGAAGAGAACCCUGCUCACUUUUCUGUGUUCCUUUCUUCUGGAGGUAAAAUGUUCUGUACUGAUCAUUUUAAUUUUCAAAUUAUGCGAAAUUGAAUUUUCAAUCAAAAGAUUUGAGAGUGGAAAAUACUUUUUAUUAGUUUGCCUGAACGGAUCGUGCUUUGCUCUCGGCUGAACAUAUCCCCACCUUUCACCUCCUAAAAUAAAACCUCUUGUUUAGUCACUGACGGCGUAUGUUUGCGCGAAGUUUGCUCGACGAGAAAUACAUUCAUAUACUAAUAGCAGACAAAUGGAAGUCAAAUAGAUGAACUGGAAAACACAAUGGUGAGUUUAAAUUGUAAAUUGUUUGCCGCAAUCCCUUAGAACGAGGGCAAAUUGAAACCCAAAAUUUAAAAAUGUACCGCGCUGGGGCCCGUGCUGCAACGCUUGUCUCUCAUCGAUUUUACUUUUACAGUGGAACCCCGCCUUACGACCACCCCGUUUAUAAGAUCACCUCGUUAUUACGGCCAUAUUCUUUCAAACCAAACGUAAAAGCCAUUGAGUCAUUUUAUUAUUUUGAAGACCCCGUUAAUGCGACCACCUCGUUAUUACGAACUGGAUUUUAUGGCCCAAUGGCGGUCGCAUUAACGGGGUUCCAUUGUACGACUUUUUCGCGCUGCCCGUGUAAUCAGAUAACAGCAUAAAUUUUCUAAUAUCAUUUGUUCUUCGAUAAGCGGUUUUAAGUCAUUUCAUAGGCUUCCUGACGAGGUUUUUGCUUUAAAGGGGUGACGGAAUUUGUCACGCAAUGUAAUGUUGCAAAAUGUCUCUGUAAAUUAGCCUGCGUCUACUCCCUUUUUUUGGAACUCGGCUCCGCCGCCAAAACUUUAAUCUCGCACCCACACAAUAUCGUCAGCUACGCAGGCUACUGUAAAUCAAAGCUGAAAGCUAUAACGUAGCCUCCCAGGCAGACGCUUUUAGGGUAGCUCGUUUUUGGUUUGUGGGGAGGGAUGAAAAACGAGCUCCCCUAAAAAUGCCUGCGUGGGAGGCUAGCUAUAACACCACUCACAAUUUCUUUGUUUUGGAAGAUGGUCGUUCAAACAGCUUAUUACAAACUUAUAAACUUUUAGUAUUAAAAGACAUAUAGGCUUUUAAAAAUAAAAUCCGUGUUGUGGAACCAACCGAAGUUAAAAGGGUUGUUUUGAUUGGUUUGGUUGUUUAUUAAGUCGGUGUUGACGCAUUUUUAGCACUUAUCGGUAUAAUGAGUUGAAAAAUCAAAAGGUAGCAGUUACAUAGGUGUAUAUUAUCUGAUAUUCAAGCGCUAAGAAACAUGUGGAAGGUUUUCCAGGGCAACUUUAUGGUAUGGAGGGAAACAUUUUGCUCCGUAAAUUGAUUUCGGUGCCAAAAUAGCCUUCACGUUUCCGUGUCUCUACGGGACACUUUCAGCGGGCCGCGGAAAAUUUCUCACACAACAAAGUAUAAAGGAUGUGCUCUUAGACCAUUAUAGUUUUGGCCUCAAAUGUCAUAUACCAGUGGGCUUUUCUUGGUGUAGAAGUUAGCGAAAAUUAGCCUGGUCGCUCAAGCGCUUCAAGUUGGGUAACUGAAACGGCCAUAAAUAAGCCUAAUUUGACAGCUUUUCGAAAAUAAUCUAGUGUUUUAGAAAGAGCAAGUGAAGUGCUAUGACAUAUAAAAAGUAUAUUGCUAUAUGUUAACGCGUUUACCAGCACGAGCGACAAGAAAAUGCAUCAUUUUUGACAAUUUUCAAACUUUCCUCGAUUUUGAAAAAACUCAAACGCUCUACGAUCUUUUAAUUGUAUUUUGGAACAUAACUCACUAAAGGCCUUAUUUGGGCAAAAUAUGAAGAAAUUUUGAAAGUGGCGCCGGAUUUUCGAUAUUUACAGAAACUGGCUCUUAAGUGCUUAAAUUGGCCUUUCUUCCAUAUUUCACAGUGUUUCCUGCAAAAAAGUAGCCAAAUCCUUCCCCCCGCCCCCCCAAGGAAGAUCAUGGGAGCAAGAUAAAAGUAGCCGGGCUGCUCGGUCAGGGGUUUCUAGAGAAAAUUCAGAAUGGUGGACGAAGAUUCGCUCCACUGACUUUAGUGUCUCGGGUGAAGAUGGUCAUUCAACAAUUUUAUUGGCUCUUUACAUUUUGUGGUUUUAAUUGAGGACAAAGUCAUUUAGCAACGCUGGUUACGCUACAAAAUGGCGCAAAAAUGCUCAGAAAUCUUACCUUUGUUGUACAAUUUUCAUAUUUUAGCAUCGGAGCAAAAACAGUUUUUAAGUUUUCGAGCAGCUUUUGACCAACUUUCGUCACAAAAAGCAACUUUUGAUUGUUUUUUGAGCAACGUUUGAGCAACUUUUUGAGAAAUUCCAGGAAACUUUUUGGAUAAUCUCGAGCAACUUGUCGAAAGCCCCAGUCCACGUUAACAACUUGGCUUUGUUGUGAAAGGUAGCUUCCAAACCAGUCGCACGUAGCACUGGACACACCUAUACUCUGAAGCUUUGACAGGAUCAAAUCGCAACGUACGCUAUCGAACGCCUUAGACAUGCCUAAAAGGACUACUACGGAUACCUUUUGUCGUCCAUGUUCUUAAGGAUUUCAUCUGUGAAAUGAAGUAAACCAGUUUCGGUUGAGUGGAAUCUCCUUUUACCACUUUGUAGUUUUGAAAGUUUUUCAUUUUGGUCUGGAAAAAUAACCAAAAAAAAAAUUUUUAAAACAUUAACUCUCUCCCUCCCUCCAAAAAACAGUUGUCAUAUAUCCCCAAGGUGGCCGCUUUGGAGAGGUUCAACUGUAGUUAUUAACAACACUAUUGUAUUUGCUUUAUCGGGGUGAAAUCUUCAUAAAGGAUGUCAUGCCCCCUGGGUCAGAGCUUCUACAAAUGGUUGCAAAUAAACUCGACACCGAAAAGGUCCCUUGGGAAAAAAAUUGGCUUCAACUGGCCUGUUAUCUGCAAAUCCCAUCAGACGUGUACCGAGGAUUUGAAACAAGAGAGCAGCGGAAAAGUCCUACAAUGGAAGUAUUUCGCUGGCUGGUGGUACAUUUUCCUGAUAUAACGUUGAUUGAUAUUGUUAAGGCAUUGGAAAAAAUCCAGCGUAGCGAUGUCAUUCAAAUCAUAACGCAGCAUUUUCCAGACACAGUCAGUGAGUACUUAAUUGAAAACUUUUGCGUACUUUUUAGGGGCAUAUCCAGAUAUGCACGUUAAUGAGAUUCACACCCUUUUUGAUAGUGUCCCCUUGCCCAAAUCCUCCAUUAAACUCAAGCAAUCUUUUUAAACGAAAGGCCAUGUGAAAAGUACAAAUAGUUGUCUUUUAUAUCAAGCAGCCAAAGUCCGCGUUGUGUUUCUGCACACAAAUGUAACGGUGGUAAAUUUACUUCCCACUCGCAGCUUCCCUUCAGCAAACAAAGGCUUUAGUGUUGGGGGCUUCUCUAGUUUAUAAAUUAUGAGUGGAAUCUUCUAUUUUAAAAUGUCAUACAGCCAACUCUAAGACGGACACCUUUGGAACCGGUGCUGAGUGUUCGUCUUAGGGAGAUGCCCGUCUUAUAGAGGGUCAAAUAAAGGGGGUAAGAAAGGCAGGGACCUCCUCUUGGUGUCCGUUUUACAGAGGUGUCUGUUAAGAGAUAAUCGACUGUAUUUGAUACAUACCUGAAUGACUCGAGCAAAUUUUCCUGUUAACGUAAAGACAUAGGAUAUACCUGUUGUGGUUUAGUUUCAUCCCCCAAAAAAGAAAAAUUAAAUUUAAACCAAGGAUACAAUUGAACCAAAAGUGCCCUAUCAACUAUCAACUAUGUUUGAGAAACAGACUUGUUUUCAGAUACCCUGUGGGCUGAGGCCCUUAAAUCCUCCUAGAUAAGUAGACUUUCUGCUUUCUCAGUAGUUGGGUGUAAAUUCCGUGUUGUUUGACAAUAUUGGUUAGAAUGCAAACUUGGAAUUCAGUCAUCGGCUGUGGUGAGUUAAACGCAGUUAAGUGCUGAUUACUUGGGAGAGGGUAAAUUGACGAACGCCUUGAAAUUAAGUGAGUUGCUGACUAAAACACCCUUCCACGAUCUACAGAUUCUUUUCUAGAGCAAGCUAGUUAUCCUUUGAGCGAUAACGUGAUCUUUGACCAACCAAGUGCCACACUGAGUUCUAGAAGUUCUAGGAGUUCUAGAAGGGACCACGAAUUCACCUGCAGUACUUUUCUUAAGCGAGGUAAGAGGUUUUCAGCAAACGUCGUAUUCAAAGUUUAAAAAGAGGUUAUUCUAGAGCUACGAACGAAGUUUGCAUUGGUGUAUCGACGUAGUAAACCCUUGCGGAUGCUACGAGAGUACGUGAAAAGCAUGAAAAUCCUUUUAUGUCACUCUUUGCCCCUGCUUUAACCACAUUAUCUUUCUGGACUUCUGUUAGUCUUGAAUUCGAUCACCUUAAGACGUGCUCCUUUGGUUGAAACCACAAACAACUGCACAGGGAACAUUUGAGGCAUUGUGUUCCUAAAUGAUGUCAACUUAGGUUGAUGUUAUUGUUGCUGUUACAUUUUUCAGAGGACUGUAAACAGCCAGGUCAUUGUGGGAGUUUGCCAGAUCCUCCAUAUGAUCUUAAAGGCCAAGAAGUUAACUGUGAGGAGAUUAUAAAAAGUUUGUUGUCAAACAAGGCUGUUGAGGUUGUAGCACCUCCCGGAUAUGGGAAAACCUCGGUCGUGGUGGAAACUGCUCAUAGACUGAUUGAUCACCAUGGAAAAUACGUUGCUUACGUGAAUCCUCGAGGAGUGACCUGCGUAGAAGAUUUGGGUGUAACAAUUAUUGAAGCCCUGGGUGAAGUACCCGUUGAUAACACUAUCCGGGAAACCUUGCAUCGUAUAAGAUCCCUUAGGGCCAAAAACGUGGUAUUGAUUAUCGAAAACAUUGACGACUUGUUACAUUUGGAGAAAAACCUGGAAUGUGAAUCAGAUCCACAUGGUGUGGAAUACUGCCCUAAGAUGCGUGUAGAGAACACGAAAGAGGACUUUUUAAAUUUCAUAUCAGAGAUUGGAAAAACUAAAGAAAUUUGUCUUGUCCUUACAUCGAGAGAAAUCAAUGAUUUUAGCGUAUGCUUUCCCAUUGAUAUAAUCGAGUUACAUCCUUUAAGCGAAACGGAAUCGUCCGAACUGUUUAAGGAGCGUGACAUGAGUUUAGACGAGGACACCAUUAAGAAACUAGUUGAUAUCUGCGGUGGUAUUCCCCUGAUCAUUUGCACAGUAUUAUCGAUUCUUAGGAUAAGGAAUCCUCAUAAUUUAGCUCGCAGGCUCUCUGUCUUAGCACCUCGCGAACUCCUGCAAGAACUCAGCCCAGAUUAUUUGCAGCGUGGAAAUCGCAUUGAUUUAUGUCUUGAAGUUUGUUAUCGUCGUCUGAGCGAAGACAAUCAAGAGGUUUUGACGAAGCUCUCUAUCUUUCCGCACAGGUUCACUCAGGAACAGUUUUAUGCAGUGUUCAGUCAGUCAAAAACUGACCGUGAAAAAAUGGAGAUGUGUUUGAAUUCCCUCAAGCACACCAGUCUUUUGCGUUUUGAACGCGAAAGUUGUUACUUUUGCAUCCACCCGUUUAUACGGAAAUUUUGUUCAGUGCACAAUCAGUCGACACACAAGCAAGCGAAGUUGACUUUUAUUCGUCAUUAUAGUAAUGUCGUUAUUGCCUUGAGUAAGAAAUUCCUCAGUCGCGAGUCGAAGUGCGCCAUAGACGAAUACAAAAGUGAAAGAGAUAACAUCAAAGAGGCCACAGCUUGGUGCGAGGCUGAACACCAUGACCUGCCUUUAAAAGAAACAGAGUAUUGUAUCGAGGCUUUUAUCAAAGCAGCAGUGUUUCUCGCCAAAGUGAUGAGAAAGCAAGAAUUCGAGUCCCUUUUCUAUAAGCUUGCUCAUCAUUACCGCUAUGAUUCUAAACAGCAUAGUGCUUGCUUGACAGCUGUUGGAACGAAGAUAGUUCUAAGCUGUACUUGCACACCACACAUCUGCUGGAGAGCAGGGUGCCGAGCAAAAAUGGUUCUCUCUAGAGCCAAUGAAAUUCAAUUAGUAGAGACAGUAGAUGAUGUGACUCGUGCUCAGUGCUUAAGCAAGCUUGGAUUUAUUCAUGUCCGAGAGGGGUUGGAUAUCAAGGGCUUUGAAUAUCUAAACCAGGCUCUAACACUGCGUCGCAAGCGCUGGAAGCAAUCAGAGGAAGAUAUGGACAAAGUCAUGAUUGGUGCUUGUCAGAAUGAUAUAGCAGGUUUAGUACAAGCUCACUUUCUUAUUUAAAGAAGAGUUGGCCCAAUAAUGAUAAUAACAAUGGUCCGUCACUCAACAAAUUGGCCCUCUUCCAAUGUAUAGCUCAGUUGGUACAGCACUGCCAUAUGGUGGCCCGCUAACGCUAUAGCAAUUUUGCACUCUUUUGGUGAAAUUUAAAAAAAAGAAGACAAAAAUAAUCAAAAGAAUACAAAUUAAAAAGAAAAAGUAAAGGAAAAUAGAAUGGAAAGUGUCAAAAUUUCACCAAAAAAGUGCAAAAUUGCUAUGGCGUUAGCGGGCCACCAUACUGCUGCGCUAAGGCAGAGGCCAUGGGUUCGAAUCCCGCUGAACUAUCAAAAUUUUUUUCGAGUUGAUUUGCAAUUGCUUAAAUUAAAUUGCAAUUACGACUACGACGAUCACAUCUCAGUGGCGGAUCCAGACCUUCAGAUAAGGGGGGGGGGCCCCGGUCUCCAAAAAUUUUUUUUUCGGCCCUUCGGACCUCAGUUUGGUCUAGAUCCGCCACUGCAUCUUCAUUUAAGUCUUUUACUUGUGUUAGUUUACGUAACUAUUUAGUCACAUUCCCACCCCCCCGAACCACGUCCCAUGUGCCACCAUAUGAAACGGCGUCAUCAAUUUGAAAGACUUAGGAAACUUUAACACCCAACUUGUAUGGGUGACAAAGACCUUUCACGAUCAACUGACCACUAUGAGUCAAACAGGGCAGAGAAAAAAUGCAACAAAUCAUGUAACCCCCACUACAAAAUGUGGAUAAAAUUUGGUUCCACUACCCAACUGUAUCUCUUUGAAAAUUUAACCGUGCCCCUCGGCGUUUUUGCAAAAACCUUUACCACCGAAAUGAAGCCUAGAAAACGCCAAGCGAAAAAAGCAAGGAGGACCUGGCAGAAGGCUAAUUAUUUUCCCUUAUCUACUGAAAUACCCAAACUUUAUUGUAAUUUGGUUUCAGGAACAAAAGCUAUCCAAUCUCUCGACUUCUUGAUAAAACUUCUCGACUUUGACGUUGUUUUGGCCAGAUCAUAGGCGACCAAUAAACGGCUCAAAUACCAUAAAACGGCGCUUUUUCGGCAAAAUCUCAAGGGGUUCCUUUGCUCUCGUACCCAAGAAUCGGGAAGUCAAUUUGAAGGACGAUUGGGGUAUUAAUAACAGAUUUUGAUCGGAAUUUUCCGUUCAACGUUGUAGGGUUUUUUUUACGUUUCCCUCUGGCUUCUUUGACUAAAUCAGUGCUUGUUCGGGUUAACAGCCUAAAAAUUUAAUUAACUAUGUAAGUAAAUUAGCCUUGGAUUUAUUAUUUAUCUCUAUUACUCUAAAACCGAAAGACGUAAUCUUAAAGCAUAUAGUACGUUUAAUGGAAACUUCAAAUUCAGUGUAUGCCAGUAGUAAAUUUACUUUCCUUCCUUCGUAUAGCUUCCCUUAUGAUACAACGGAAGCAUUUCGCAGCUAUUGAAACCAGACGAAAUGUUGUUUUACCAUUAUAUGAGUCUAUCCUUGGCAAAGAACACCCCUUUGUGGCAACAACCUUGAGUUGGAUUGGCAAAAGUUACCACGAACUGGGCGAGUAUGACAACGCCAUUAAAUAUGCCACAUUGGCGCUGAAUAUCCGGCAAACUCUGUUAGGACGCCAUCAGGAGACAGCGAGAUCGCACUAUGACUUGGGUGUGGCUCUUUCUGCGAAAAAGGACAGCGAACGGUACGCAUGCUAG